CACACACACACACACACACACACACACACACACACACACACCAUUGACAUGACAUGAGUCAAAAUAUAAUUAGUUAAGAGCUUUUUUGGACAGUUAGCAAGGCAGCUUCAUUUGUCUAGCACAAACCUGAGCAAUUAAUGAUUUUUCCAGCAAGAACAUAAAACAUUCAAAUUGAUGUGACAACAUAAAACAGCAGAUAAAAUAAUUAAAGUAAAUUAGAUUUAAGAAAUAAAAUGUACAACAUAAUAACUAACGAGUUAUACAUAAGAAUACUUUAAAAUAUCCCAAAAGAACUGUUGUCAGAGUUUUUGGGUAGUUUCACAUUCUUUACAAAAUGAAAAUAAUGGGGUUACAUUAGCAAAUGACAGCUUUAAAGAAAACAUGUAGGUGGUAAGAAACAUAUUUUCUAGAAAACCUGCUAAACUCUUCUCAGCUCAGAACCAAUGUGUGGAAGAAAGGUAUGAAAAAAAGAUGUGCAAUGAAGUUUGUCCGAGUGGAUUUGCCGUAGUAUGACGUAAUCGGCAGGCCUCCGAUCUGAGCGGGAAUGGAGCCCACUUGGCUUUAGGCAGACUGUUAGCUCUUUGGAUGAUCAAGGACUUCAUGUAACUGAAGAACUGGUAUGCCAGUUAUAUAGGUAUGUAAUUAUAAUUUUUUUCCCUUAUAAAUAAUGUGUAUACAUUUUGACUUGACAUACAUCAGGUUAACCGUUUUUAAUGUUAGCGCACCGCAUAAAUGUGUAACAUUAUACAGUGUAUGCUAAAAACUGAGCUUGUUUUAGCCAGCGUCAUUCUAGGUCUUUGGUUACAGCUAAAAUAUAACAGUCAAAGAAAACACUACCUAUCCAUAAAACAAAGUCAGUACAUUUCAAUUAGCUCUAAUAAUAAAUGUUUAGUGUAGGACAAACAAAUUCCGGUGUUCCUAAAUAGUUUUUAGAGACUGCUUCUCACCACUAUUUAAUGUCUACAUGGUACAUUUGCUAUUCUAAAACAUUACCUUCCGGUCUGUGUUUUUUUAUGUUAAACUGCAAAUAUGUGAUUUGUUGCAGGACUAGGAAAGAACUGUGCAUCUUCCACUUGUGAGUUGGUGCUAUACAGCUGAAGGACAGCCAAAAGACACAGCAGAAGGACUAGAGUACUCAGUGUAUGGUCACGGAAUGGAUGACCUUUGGGAUUUCCUGCGACAAAGGAACAUUCCUGAGGAAACUAUAGAGACCAUGUUGAGAGAGAAGGUACUUUGAUGAACAUUUAAAAAAAUUCAAAAAUAUUGUGGGAACGGGAAGCAUGUUUCUUGCAAUAUCAUCUAAUUAAAUUUCAAUAAUAUCACAUGCAAUUAUGUUGCUAUAAUUGUGUUUUUAAUAGGGCUGGGACUUGAUUAAAAAAUUAAUCUAAUUAAUUACAGGCUUUGUAAUUAAUUAAUCUCGAUUAAUCACAUUUUAAUCGUUCAGGAAAAUGCGCUCUCAAAGUAAAACUUUUAAUUAAAAUUAUGAGACAGAGAAUCAAACAUUAGACAUGGUUAUUACUGUAAACUAAAGCUUUUAAUAAAAAAAUGCAUUUUAGUUAUUCACAUGUCACUGUGUGAUAUGAAACAAAACCCAAAUCAACUAAAAUUUAUAAUUACAAAUAGAAAACACCUGCAAAUGGUUCCUGAGCCUUUAAAUAGUCUAUCUGUCUAGUUGAAUGACUGAAAUAAAUUUGACUUUGCACCAGAUUCUAAUUUUUCCAGUUUCACUUGUUUGUAUAAUUGGGAGAUUUUAUUAGCAUUUCUGCUCAUAAUGUAGUAAAAACACAUAAAUAAUAAUCCUUCAAAAUGACAGUAGAACAGGCACAGAUAUGAUCUAGUACUUAAAUGUACUAACUUUUAACACCAGAGCAGGCAUGGCAUAUUCUGAGAAUGAUCAGGAACAGUAACUGGUUCCAGUUGGAUGACUGGAGGUUGAUGGGAUGAUAAAAGAUCAUGGCGAGGAAAUAAUGAUCUGACGAACAGGUGAGCGGACCUUCCUUACAUGGGAAGUUCUGCUGUCACGUUAAUAAGGGUAUGCUGCCGACCCGCAGAUUCACGCCUGCAGCAGCAAAUCUGGUGUGAUCUCCAGCCUGAUCACAACUUCCUCGUUCCUCGCUGCCCCUGAUAGUAAUGCAUGUAAUGUUUAGACAGCGACUCGUCUCAGAAACAUAACUCCCCGACAGAAUUGUUUAGAAAAUCAUCAGAAAAGUUUCAGAGUAUUUCUGUUUUAACUUAAACUUCUGUUUUCAACUUUAAGACACGUUGUUUGUGAUUUUUUAGAGUAGUGAGAACACGGAGCGUUCUCCCAGCGGCAGCCAGGUGCCUCUCGUUUAUCUGCCUACUUUCAUAAACUACUGUUAGGGCACAGAAUUAUUGUCUGGUGCUUUCAGCGCUGCACAGAUGUUACGUAAAUGUUAAAAAUAUAGCUUACCGCAACUUUUGUAAAAUUUCCGGUGCCACCGGGCGGGCAGCCGCAGCAGAGAUGAUCUCUGAAAAAUGUCCGCGACACGGACUCCGUUGUUGUCUGGAAGUUUUUAUUUUCCAAGUUAAGAAAAGAGGCGGUUGUGUUUCCUAAAUCCUGCAUCAGUCCAAGCAAGGCAACUUCUUUCUGUUUUUAUUUCGUUUUAGUAGCCAUUAGCCACUGUGCAUUGUUGUGUGCGUCAGUGAUAUUCGGUCUACGAGGAAAACGUGCAAUGACAAAGGUUCCGCCAUGCUUGAAAUGCAAGCUGCGAUUAAAUGCGUUAAUUUUUUUUAACGCGUUAUUUUUUUCUAAUUAAUUAAUCGUAAUUAACGCGUUAAAGUCCCGGCCCUAGUUUUUAAACAAUAAUAUUUCACUGUCUUCAUUUAGAUCGAUACCAGCAUCAUCCAGUUGAUGACAGAUGAACAAUUAAAGAGUUAUUUGCCAUCAUAUGGAGACCGCCUUGCACUGUUAGGUUAUUGUAGGAGAAAGGAAAAUGGAUACCCAAACUGGCGCAAAACAAAGCUUUUUGAGCGCCUUAAAUCAAAACUGCAUAAAAGAAGAAGAACUGCUGAUGAAGAUGGCAGCAGUACAGAACAAGAAGAGCAAUCUGCAACCCCUGUAAAGAAAAAUGCUCUUAAGUCAAAGAGGAAAAUAGAACUAGGCUGGAUGAUCUACGAUGAAGAAAUAGAGGCUUUUAAACAAGUGAGAGCAAAAAGAGGAGGUGGAACAAGGAGGGUGGAUGUAUCAAAAGAUGCAAAGAAAAAUGACAUAAUUCAGAUGGCAGUUGAUCUAUUCUUUCCUAAUGGGAGAAAUAGAGAAGGGUCCUUAGCAGAUUUUGAGGUAGAUCUCAGAGAUUAUCAGGAAGUGGCAGUUGAUGACAACAUUACAGUAGGACAACUUUACUUUGAUACAAAACUCCCGGUUAUCAGGUUUUAUCUGACCACACGUAAAAAGAUGGAAACCCACUCAAACUGUCAAGAUGAAGAGUCUUCACCAUUUGCUCAGGACCACAACAGUUCUCACAGUCAUCCCUCCUCUUCUUCAGCUUUUAAUGAUGCUACAAUCAUUCAGGCUACAGAAUCUGAAACAGUCACUACUGACUUGAUAUUUUUCGAAAAUUCCACAAAUGACGAAAAUAUUGAAUUAACAUUUCAUUCCACAGAGUUCAUGGAUGAGGAUACCAGUAACACUGUAUUUGUGGGGGAGUUUUCUGAGAGUGAGCCACAGAUUCUGGAUGAUACUCUACCUCUGUCUCCACAAACCCUGUCCUUAGCAGAGCCAGUGAAGAAAAUACUGGUUGUUCACAGAGGACAGGUACUUCGGCAGCUCAUAUUACACUUCUGUGAUGAUAAAAUUCUAGAAAGUAACUUCAGAAUCCAACUUGUCCUGCCUGAUGGAAAACCUGAGAUGGCAUUUGAUGAAGGAGGAGUUGUGAGAGACUGUCUCAUUGAAUUCUGGAAAGAUUUUUAUGAGCAGUGUACCACAGGAAAUGCUUAUAAAGUUCCAUUUCUAAGACACGAUUAUGGACAGGAGCAGUGGGAGAGUGUAGGCCGAAUAAUCGCUUUUGGCUGGACAAGACAGAAAUAUCUUCCUGUGGGGAUCGCACCUGUCAUAUUAGAGCAGGCUGCCUUUGGACAUGUAAAAAGUGAUGUGGUGGAAAAUUUUCUGAAGUACAUGCCUGAAUCUGAGCGCACAGUGUUUCAACCAUGGCAAGCAGAUUUUAGCAGUGUUGACCAAGAAGAAUUAUUAGAGAUUCUUGAUAACCACUGCUGCAGACGACUGCCCACUGCCAGCAAUGCAAAUGAAAUCCAGAGGUGGAAAGUAACGAAUUACAUUUACUCACGUUACUGUAAUUGAGUAGCUUUUUUGUAAAUUUAUACUUUUUAAGUCGUUUUUAAAAUCUGUACUUUUACUUUUACUUGAGUAAGUUUUUAAAAAAGAAUUGUAAUUCGCUACAUUUUAAAUGAUAUCCGUUACUGAGUAAAAAUAAAUUGUAGGCUUAGUAAAUUAAAAAUAGUACGUGUAGCAGCGUUGGAACAGAAAGACACCUGCAUGAGCGCCACGUCUAAACCGGGGGGGGGGGGGGGGGGGGGCUACACGCUUUAUGAUGAGGACAAACAGCCAUUUUUACCGCAGUUUUGCUCAAAAACAUCAAUACAGUCCCUGUGAUCCACUCGCUGUUUACCUCCUCUCUCCCUCCUCUCCUGUGGGUUGGAACCCGCACCUUCGCGCACCGGUGUGACGUCAUCAGAAUUCUGCUCGGUUCGGCAACCAGACUCGGUUCCGUGUUUGAAAUGUGUUUCCUUACCGCGCACGGAAGUGGCAAAAUAACGUUUAGCGCUCCUAAGAAGCCGAUUAUCAGCGCUCUGCUCAUAAAACAGAAGACCUGCAGGCCUCUGUGAGUUAAUCCUGAUACUGUUCAGGUGUAAACAUUGUGCUCCAUCCCUGUGUUUGAUCUCAGAAGAUGCUUCUUGAUGCCACAGAUAUGUGAUGAUUUAGCUUGUUUCUUUAUUUUACUCCAGAAUAAGAGAUUAAAUUAUUACAAAAGCAGUUCAGUGUAGCUAAAUUAGUCAUUCAAAUGAUUCUAACAUGCUGCUGUGUUUGUGUGUGUGUGUGUGUGUGCGUGCGUGCGUGUGUGUGUGUGUGUGUGUGUGUGUGUGUGUGUGUGUGUGUGUGUGUGUGUGUGUGUGUGGGACUGCAUAAGACAGCAUGGCUUCAUCAAAUCCAUGCAUCCUAUAUCUUGGCUGUAGUAAUGGCUCAGGAAAAUAACUUGUAUUUAAUAAACAAUGAUGUCUGCAGUGUUUAUGAUAAGGUUUUAUCUUAUAUUGGACCUAUCUUUGGUCUGGGAGGUGUAACUUAUCAUGAUACAAGCCUUUUAAAACAUGUUAAAGUGUUACAAGAGGAGAUAAAUGCAUGAAUUUAAAGUUCAUGUUUGGAGACCAACCUUCAGUUUGGAGGCUCACGCUGGUGAGGAGACACCAUUAGUUCUAGUAACACCUGGGCUCCCAAGGCCUGUUCUGACAGGAUGGACGUUACGGGACCCUUAAGGAUUCCAGUUGGAUUAUUGGAGGAUUAUUUAGGAGGAUUGGAAUGAACAAACUGAUUUCAGUGGUGAAGGGUUAAAGGUAUUGGCUCGGCAUUAAAAUUGUAGAAAUGCAAAAUAACUACACUUUACCAUCUAUAUAAACAUGUACUGGGUCCAGUUUUUUAUUUUAUUAAGGACUUUUGUCAUAAAUCAUUAAAGAAAAUCCAAAUCCUCUCCUCCAGACAGUGAAGAACUGUGUUUCGCAUACGUCACUCCAGCACGUAAAACAAGCUAGCUGCUGAUGCUAAUAUUGUGAAUCACUGUUAUUUGUUUACUUUCAUGCUCCUAAUUAUUACGUAAAAUUGUGUUUACAGCUGCAGCAAAAGGUCUGAGCCAUCUGUCUGUGUCCUACACACAUUUUUAAAUAACAGGUCUGAUCUAAAAUAAUAACCUACAUCUAUAAAUCCAUCUAGAACCGCACCGCUACUUCUGGACUCCAGACGAGUCCCGUUAGCAUGACUGCAGCAAAACUAACCGUGUUCGCUUCGGUAAGGAAAGAACAAGUCCUUUGGGAAAGCUACGACACACACACACAUGCACGUACUCACUCACUCACUCACUCACACACACACACACACACACACACACACACACACACACGCACGCACGCACGCACGCACGCACACACACACACACACACAGAGAUAUAAUCUAAAAGAUGAUCUCUAUAUUUCAACAUUAGAACCUCCAUGACAUCCUGGAUUAGUGCAAACAACGAGUUGAGCUAAGGAGUUACUCCAGCAUCAGGAAGAUUUAUUCUGGUAAAUUGUAGGUUCAUUAUUUUCCAGAGUUAUGUCAAUAAACACACACAGCAGUAAAACUGUAGAUUACUGUUAUGGCCGCCGCCGUUUUGGAGCCCAGUGGUGUGCUGCGCACCGUUCCCUGUACAGCAGCGCAGCACCACGGACAGCUACGCCUUGGGAUGUUGUCCUUACUCCAGCACCAUGGAGAGCGCCGGAGCGGCAGGCACGGCCAGCUGGGACUUUUCACCUCAUCAGCCAGCCCUUUAAAAGCGGCCAGCUGGAGCUCAUCAGGAGAGAGAAAUGUUUGUGGUUGCAGAGGCAACGUGUGUUCUCUCCCCGUUGGCGGUUACCAGAGAUUUUGUGGUUAAUACCAGGUUGUGGUUUGCUUCUUGUGAAGAAGCAGCUUAAGAACCUUUUGUGUUUGGGAUAUUUUCAGUUAAGCGGUAAUUUUCGGUUUUGGUGAGUCAUUUAGACCACCUUUGGUAAAUUACCAGGUGGGGUUUUCCCCUUUUGCAGUCUCUGUUUCCUGAGCCAAUUUUGGUAUUUCGGACAACUUUAGUUAGGUUAGUACUUUUGUUUGGUUUGUCUUUUAGACAAACCUUGUUUAAUUUAAGGGUGGGAUUUUUCCCCUUUUGAGUUUCAUUUAUUUAGGAUUUAGAGUGGUUGGUCCUCUGGACAUUUUCAGUUAUUCAUUUAAACUUAGUUUGGAUAACUAGGUAAGGGUUUUUUGGCCCUUCUUUUGGUUCUUUUGUUUUUGUAAUAAAACCUUUGAAAUUACAAGGACACUUUGAGUUUGGUUUUGCUUGGUCAAGCCUUUUUCUCCCCAACGAGGGUCACUUUUUGUUAUACUGGUCCAUCUUAUGUUUAUUCCCCUCACCUUCCUAGCUGAGCCCACAGAGGGGUGUAACAUAAAUGGGGGCUCGUCCGGGACUUUACUGAUUUAUAGCUGUUUAUUACAUGUUUAUGGCCUGUUUUAGAUCAGUUAAGCCCGUGCCAAACGUUUUGGACUAGUUUUAACAUAUGGUAGCUUUUGUUGGUUUUGUGAAGACACAAAACCCACGCUGUUUUGUGUAGUGUCCUUUUGUUUUGUGCUCAAACAUGGCUCAGUUUUGUGUGGAGACAUUUAUGGAGGCUCCAUCCCGUGAGGUGCUGGAGCGUUGCCGCAAGGCUGACCUACUGCAGAUAGCUGUCAACCUUGCUCUUGACAUCCCAAACCCUGUGCUGAAAAAAGACUUGAAAUUGCUCGUUGUGGAGCGUUUGGAGGACAUGGGGAUUUUAAAGACUGAGAAUGAGUCUGGUGCAAAGACUGAACCAGAAGGAUCUCCUGCAGAUCCUGAUGAGUGCGACAAUCCUGAAGUCCCUGCUGCUGCGGAGGAUCGUGAGGGUGAGACGACGGAGACAGGAGAAACUCCUCUAACAGUACGAAAGUCUGUUCCGACCUCCCCAGGUUCGCCGACGGAAGGAUCUCGAGACGCACGAUUACAGGUGCGGCUGGCACGUCUGGACAUGGAAAGAGAGGAGAGAGCCUAGGCUAAAAGACUCCAGAUGGAACUGGAGGUUCGGAGGAUGGAGAUUGAAGCUGACACAGCUGUGAGAAUAAGGAAACUGGAACUGGAAGCCCAGCUUUCCAACCCUGGACUUCAUAUCAUGCCCACCAAAGCUCCGCAACCCACCACAACCCCGGCCUUUGACAUCAGUAAGUGCAUUUCCUUAAUGCCUACUUUUAGAGAGGCCGAGGUUGACAGCUAUUUUGUAGCUUUUGAAAGAAUUGCGGAGACGUUGCAGUGGCCGCGCGGGGUGUGGUCUCUGCUGCUCCAGUGCAAGCUGAGCGGCAGAGCUUUAGAAGUUCUGUCUGCGCUCCCUGUCACAGAUAGUUUGGACUAUGACCGAGUGAAAGCUGUUAUACUUCAAGCGUAUGAGUUAAUCCCAGAAGCUUAUCGUCAAAAAUUCAGACAAGCUAAGAAAAGUGCUGGACAAACACAUGUGGAAUUUGCACGAGAAAUAAGCAUGCUGUUUGAUAAAUGGCGUUCGUCCACAAAAAUUAAAACCUUGAAUGAUCUCCGAGAACUUAUCCUUUUGGAGGAUUUUAAACGUAAGCUGCCUGAGAGACUGGUAACCUACUUAAACGAACAAAAAGUCAGCACUUUAUCAGCUGCGUCCCUUUUAGCGGACGAAUUCACACUCACUCACAGAGAGAUUGUGAGGAGAGAUGAAAGAAAAGAUGUUCAGCCCGUUUUGAUAAAGAAACUUAUAAGAAGAAGCCCUCAAAACGGUAAUCCUGAAACCCGUACCUGUUACUAUUGUCACCGAACGGGACACGUUCUUAAGGAUUGUUUUGUGUUGCAGAAAAAGAACGGGAAGCCCACUGCAGCUCCUAAGGAAGUUGCAUUCCUUAAAAAGUCACCAGUGGUUAAACCCUUGUGCGCCGCCAGGGAGCCUGAUGCUUGUUUUGCACCUUUUAUUCUUUCGGGGGAGAUUUUGUUGACUCCCGGUGAUUCAGACAAGAAAAGCGUUCGCAUUUUGAGAGACACAGGUGCGUCUCAAACGUUAAUACUGAGCAGCGCACUCCCAUUUUCAGCCAGUAGUUCACGCGGGUACGCUGUUUUGUUACAGGGAAUUGAAAUGAAAUCCCUGCCUGCCCAGGUGCACCGCGUUCACCUAGAAUGUCAGCUCGUUAGCGGCUGCUUUGAUGUUGCCAUUUGUGACCAUUUACCUGUAAAAGGGGUUGAUGUGUUGUUGGGGAAUGAUGUUGCUGGAGGUAAAGUGCUACCUCUUUUAGAAGUAGAUUCUCAACCUCAAGCCGAACAUGUAAAUUGUGCUGCUGAUUCGCAUUUUUACCCAGCUUGUGCUGUCACCCGUUCGCAAACACAGAAUAAUGCGGACAUCCAGUUAAAUGACUCAGUGCUGAUGAGACUCCUCGGUGAUGACUCCGAACAGACAGCCCAUGAUGGACUUUGGUUUGUUCCCUCAUCCGACGCAGAAGAGCAGAGAGAAAAGGCUGAUGCUGAUCCUCAGCAAGGAGAACCUUUUCCACUUACGGCAGAAACCCUUUCUGCUGCACAGAAGAGUGAUGUUACUCUGAAACCCUAUUUUGAACAGGUGACCACUUCAGGUAAAACUGAUAAAACUACAACACAUUAUUUAUUAGAUAGUGAUGUGCUGGUGCGUUGUUGGCCUCAGCCUGCAGCUGAGGGCUCGGAAUGGGGGUUAGUGAAACAAAUAAUUGUUCCAUCCUCUUACAGAGAACAUGUGGUCUCCUUGGCACAUGAGAGUGACUGGUCUGGCCAUUUGGGUGUCAACAAAACUUAUAAACUGUUGUUGCAGCAUUUCUUUUGGCCAGGGAUGAAGAAAGAGGUGUCUCUCUUCUGUCGGCGUUGCCAUGUCUGUCAGAUGACAGGAAAGCCGAACCAGCCCAUUCCUCCUGCCCCGUUACAGCCCAUUCCUGUAGUGAGUACGCCUUUUGACCAUGUCAUCUUAGAUUGUGUGGGACCUUUACCUCCUUCUCGAACAGGAAAGCGAUUUUUGUUAACCCUUAUGUGUUCAGCUACAAGGUUUCCGGAGGCCAUACCGCUGAACUCCAUCACCACAAGGUCUAUAAUCAGAGCUCUAACCCAUUUCUUCUCCAUCUUUGGGUUACCAAAGGUAAUACAGACUGGCCAAGGAACAAACUUCAAAACUAAACUGUUCAAACAGGUAACAAAAACCUUAGGAAUCACACAUCUCACGUCAUCCGCGUAUCAUCCUCAGAGUCAGGGCGCUUUGGAAAGAUGGCACCAAACUUUAAAGGCAAUGCUGACAAAGUAUUGCUUAAGUAAAAACAAAACGUGGGAAGAAGGAUUGCCUUUUGUGUUGUUUGCUGCUCGUGAGGCUGUGCAGGAUUCUCCUGGUUUUAGUCCUGCCCAGCUUGUGUUUGGACACACUCCUCGUGGUCCCCUGAAGGCUCUAAAAGAGAGAUUUCUUUGUUCUGAUCCGCCUGACAGAAAAGUACAGGAGUAUGUCUGCCUUUUCCAGAAAAGUCUGUUUGUUGAUGUGCCCACUCAGAUGUUAGCGCAUCAUGUUGAGGAGCCCCUGGAGUUCACCCUGUCUGGUGGAGAGGAAGCCGGAUGGAACCGCUCGGUUGUCCAGAAGUUAUGGUAACCUGUAACGUCCAAUAACCACUACGAAUAUGACAGAUGGAUACAUUUUGUGUUAACUCCUCCUUCCAGGGCCCCUUGUAGGCACAAGGGCUUCACCCUCUUUAGGGUGUUGCCGUUUGUUGUUUUCUUUAGGGUUGCGGCAUGAGGCUAGUGUUGUCGGUGUCUUGCAGACAUCACGGGAGCACCCCAGGGUGAUGGGGGACGGGCUUGCCAAUGAGACACCCCUCGUCAUUGCUGGUUUGUAUGUGUACACACACAUGUGCUUAAUCUGCCCGCCUUAACCCGCAUGAAGAGCAAGGGUUGAGUUAGAGAAGCUCCCCCCAUAGGCAGUUAGCGGGAUGCCCUGGUUGUGUGUAAAUGGAGGAUACUGUUAAGUUUUUGUAUCUUGAGUUUUAAGAAAAAAGAUGGUGGUGUCUUAGGUAUGGUUUUAGAUUCUUUGUCUCACCCCCCUUUUUUUUCUUUUAAGGGUGGGGAUGUUACGGCCGCCGCCGCUUUGGAGCCCAGUGGUGUGCUGCGCACCGUUCCCUGUACAGCAGCGCAGCACCACGGACAGCUACGCCUUGGGAUGUUGUCCUUACUCCAGCACCAUGGACAGCGCCGGAGCGGCAGGCACGGCCAGCUGGGACUUUUCACCUCAUCAGCCGGCCCUUUAAAAGCAGCCAGCUGGAGCUCAUCAGGGGAGAGAAAUGUUUGUGGUUGCAGAGGCAACGUGUGUUCUCUCCCCGUUGGCGGUUACCAGAGAUUUUGUGGUUAAUACCAGGUUGUGGUUUGCUUCUUGUGAAGAAGCAGCUUAAGAACCUUUUGUGUUUGAGAUAUUUUCAGUUAAGCGGUAAUUUUUGGUUUUGGUGAGUCAUUUAGACCACCUUUGGUAAAUUACCAGGUGGGGUUUUCCCCUUUUGCAGUCUCUGUUUCCUGAGCCAAUUUUGGUAUUUCGGACAACUUUAGUUAGGUUAGUACUUUUGUUUGGUUUGUCUUUUAGACAAACCUUGUUUAAUUUAAGGGUGGGAUUUUUCCCCUUUUGAGUUUCAUUUAUUUAGGAUUUAGAGUGGUUGGUCCUCUGGACAUUUUCAGUUAUUCAUUUAAACUUAGUUUGGAUAACUAGGUAAGGGUUUUUUGGCCCUUCUUUUGGUUCUUUUGUUUUUGUAAUAAAACCUUUGAAAUUACAAGGACACUUUGAGUUUGGUUUUGCUUGGUCAAGCCUUUUUCUCCCCAACGAGGGUCACUUUUUCUUAUACUGGUCCAUCUUAUGUUUAUUCCCCUCACCUUCCUAGCUGAGCCCACAGAGGGGUGUAACAAUUACUGAACUAUAUUGGGACACAUGAUGGAGCUAAAACCAGCUGAGAACUCGUCAGCUUAGAGCUCCCAGUGGAGCACAGAAAUGAAAUAUUCAAGAAAAGUAAACAAACUGUACCGAUUUUGGUUCUGAAGAUGAAAAGAAUCCUCCUCUAUGUCCAAAUCAGGUCGCAGGUCUUCUGAGUCAAACGGUCUAAAACAUGUCUGCAUCUCUGGUAGUGAUAUCCAGCUGGCGGGGUCGGAGUUCGGUUGAACUUCUCCAGUAAUCUAAUAUCCGUUCUCGUCGCCGUAUCCCAGAGAAAAAACAAAACUGACCGACUAGUAGAGGCUUCAGAAGCUACAUCUGAUUGAUGACACAUUGUUCUCUGCUAUAACGCUAACGCAGAAACACCGGAGCCAGGCGUUGUUUACUACAGCUGUUUCAGCAGAGCUCCAUGUGAAACGUCACCAGCUGCCCAGGGCUUAGACCGGACGUUAGUUUCUGUUUUUCCUGCGCCGGUCACAAACAUCAGAUUUUCUUACAAUUCCAGCCGUCAAAAUCCAAAAACCUUCUUCAUCUGAGAUUUUAAUACACAUUUACACAUGCUGUUCAAACAAAUUUUGCCUCUGGCCAAUAUCUUUAAAUGAGUGAGUGAACCCACUACCAAGAUGAACUCUGCUAACUUUAAAAAUCAGCUGCUCUAAAUAAGCAUUCAGGGAAAAGUCAUGGGCUUGUGACUAUAACCUAAUUUAUGUUACUAGUUUGCAGUGUAAAUGCCUUUGUACUUCAAUAUGCAUAUUUGUUCAUUUAAUUAAAAAAAACGGCCACUUUGACAUUUAUACCCCAUUGUCUUUUUUUUAACUAUUCAGAAGAGCCCGUCCUAGCACAGUCAAAAAAGUAACUAAGUAACUUUUACUCUGACUACAUUUGAAAUAAGCUACUUUUUACUUUUACUUGAGUACAUUUUGAGGCAGGUAAUUUUACUUGUAAUUGAGUAAAAUUUCAUGAAAGUAAUUAUACUUGUACUUAAGUACAACAUUUUAGUACUCUUUCCACCUCUGACGAAAUCCUACAGGAACUUGCACACAAAACACUUGUCCAAGAGCCGGCCUUUGUUAUUGAACAAUGGGCAAAAAUACUCAGCAUCACUGAGAACAGCUUGAAGGACAUUUCUUCAGUAUAUGAAAACUUGCAACCAAAUGUAAGAAAAGUUUUGAAGUCCCUCGACUUUCCUGAGGAAAUGAAUGUCCAUCAGACGGCCAUUCAAAGGUAUGUAACCACAUACAUAAGGAAUGCAGAUUUGCAGCAUCUGUCCUUGUUUCUAAGAUUCUGCACAGGGUCAGACUUGUUCCUGGACAAGAGAAUAAGUAUCGAGUUCAACAAGAUCCAAGGGUUUCUGAGAAGACCGGUGGCUCACACAUGUGGCUGUGUCCUGGAGCUGUCAGUCUAUUAUAACAACUAUCCAGAUUUCAGUGCUGAAAUGAACAAAGUUUUGGAUUCUAAUGUAUGGGUCAUGGACAUUGUUUAAAGUUUUUUUCUCUCAAAGAGAAAGGUGAAAAAAGCUAAGGUGGCUCUUCAAAACAAACAGUUUAUUUCUAUCAACAAGUGAGGUGUUUAUUUUAUUUUUUUCCCAUAUUUUCCAAUGUCAUAGUGUCAGGUUUUUAUAACAACAUUAGACCUUUCUGAUGUAAAAGAAAUUACACUAUACUGUGCUUGCAUCAUUGUUCAAAAUUAUGAUUGCAACAUUUUUGUUAUAAAUUAAGUUUCUUACAUAAGUUGAAUUGUCAGAUUGUUUGCACUGAACUGACACUGUCCACAUUUUCUGUAGCAGGGCCAUAUUACUCUAAGCUAAUGAAAACUUAGAUGGUUUUGUAAGAUUUUGCUUAAACAAAUGUUUAAUGGUCUUUUAAUUUUGCUUGGCAAUGGUUAUUUGUUUUUGUAAAAUAUAAAGGAUUUAAGCUUAAUAGCCAAAAAAAUUGCUGCCAAAAAUCUUAUCUGAAGAAGUAGGAGUAUUUUACUUCUCAUGUUCAAGUUUUUUAUGUUUAGUCCUGCAAACAAUAAGGAGAUACAAAUAUGCCUAUGAAGACGGCUACAAUGGCAGCGAGCAAAAAUGCAGGUGGCUUUUGUUCUGUCACUGGUAAGAUGUACAUGGGUUGCUGACACAUUGACUUUUAGAGGUAGCGUUUGAAAAUCACUGGAACAUGUUUUGAAGUUCUCAGCUAACAAACAAAUUAAAGAGGGCACAAUUAAAUGUUGUUUAAGCACAUUUAGUGUCAUGUAUAAUGAUAUGUAUGUGCACACAAACAAAGAUUUCUUUAAGCACAUGACUUUAAUUUUCAAAAAUGUCCAAAAGAUGGAUGGAUUUUUUUUUGUUGGAUGUUCCAAAAUAAAUACAUUCUGAUU